CAAGUUUAUAAGAAUCUGCUAAGAAGGAAUUCGAGUCUCCCCAAAUUUUCUCAUCUAACGUUAAAGCGACAACACAUGUUUCUCUCAUUCGGUGCUCAAUUCUCCUUCGUCUUCUGCACUGCAAUUUGCAGCCACUAACAGUUUAACAAUCAUUCUCAAACCCCCUCACAGGUCUGAGAUCAUUGUUUAACAUCAUUUUGAUGAUUAUUUCUCUCUAUUUUGUUCAACAUCUCGCAAAGUCACAAGCUUUUCCACUCUCUUUCCAUACCCCUUUAUGUUCUUAUUUGUGUGGUGGUGUUGAAGGUAUGCCUUCAUUGAAUGUUUUGCUUUUGGGUAGUUGAAAGGUAACCAGGUGCUGCUUUAUUCUUGACUGCUCGAGAAGGUUUCUCAGGAGUUCAUCUUCAAUAUUCUCCAGUUUACUUUACCAAAUCCAGGGAAUGCUGAAAGAUGUGGUUGAAAGUAAAGAGUUCCCUCUCUCAGGUUAAUGAGGUUGUAGCUCCAUCUGAGGUAGCCUUAUUAAUCCUUGAUGAGAUUGGAUGUUUAGAUCACUGCCAACAUCAAUUAUAUGCUCAUUUGCCUGAGGUGGCUGGAAAUCUUAGCAAUUGUUUGAUUUCAAAACGGGAUGUUUGUGAAGAUGGAUGAGCUUUGAGCAUCUUUGGAAUAGUUUACUGCUUUCUGGUCACAUAAGCACCUGUAUUUAGUGUAUACUUAGUAUAUUAUCCUAUUGGUAGUAGCAUUGGUUGUAUGCUAAAGGAGUAGUUACAGUAAAUGGAGCAGAAGGGAAGUGUGCUUAUGCAAAGAUAUGAACUUGGGAGAUUAUUAGGCCAAGGAACCUUUGCUAAGGUCUACCAUGCUAGGAACCUUAUAACUGGCAUGAGUGUGGCCAUUAAGGUAGUUGAUAAAGAAAAGAUUUUGAAGGUUGGAAUGAUUGAUCAGAUUAAGCGUGAAAUUUCGGUGAUGAGAUUAAUCAGACAUCCACAUGUGGUUGAGCUUUAUGAGGUAAUGGCCAGUAAAACCAAAAUUUACUUUGUCAUGGAACAUGCAAAAGGUGGUGAGCUCUUCAACAAGGUAGUCAAAGGAAGGCUCAAGGUGGAUGUUGCUCGGAAAUAUUUUCAGCAACUGAUUAGUGCAGUUGACUACUGCCAUAGCAGGGGUGUGUGUCAUCGAGAUUUAAAACCCGAAAAUCUACUAUUGGAUGAAAAUGAGAAUUUGAAGGUUUCUGACUUUGGGUUGAGUGCACUUGCUGAAUCUAAGUGCCAAGAUGGAUUGCUCCAUACUACAUGUGGUACCCCUGCCUAUGUUGCUCCGGAAGUGAUAAACAGAAAGGGCUAUGAUGGGAUUAAAGCUGAUAUAUGGUCAUGUGGGGUAAUCUUGUAUGUUCUAUUGGCUGGUCAUCUUCCAUUCCAGGAUACAAAUCUGAUGGAGAUGUACAGGAAGAUUGGUAGAGGGGAAUUCAAAUUUCCUAAAUGGUUUGCACCGGAUGUUCGCCGGUUUUUGUCCAGAAUAUUGGAUCCAAACCCAAAGGCCAGGAUAUCAAUGGCCAAGAUUAUGGAAAGUUCUUGGUUUAAAAAGGGGUUGGAGAAGCCUGCUAUUACUGUGACCGAAAACGAAGAGCUAGCUCCCCUUGAUGCUGAUGGAAUAUUUGAAGCAUGCGAAAAUGAUGGUCCUAUUGCCGAGCCUAAGCAAGAACAGGCCAAGCCUUGUAACUUAAAUGCUUUUGAUAUUAUCUCCUUCUCAACUGGUUUUGAUUUAUCUGGUUUGUUCGAGGACACUUUUCUCAAGAAAGAGACACGGUUUAUGUCAAAAAAGCCUGCCUCAAUCAUAGUCUUGAAGUUGGAAGAAAUUUGUAAGCGGCUUUGCUUGAAAGUAAAGAAGAAAGAUGGAGGCUUGCUCAAAUUGGAAGGUUCCAAGGAAGGCAGGAAAGGAACUUUGGGUGUUGAUGCUGAGAUUUUUGAGAUUACCCCACACUUCCAUAUGGUGGAACUUAGAAAGUCCAAUGGUGACACCAUGGAGUACCAGAAGCUUUUUAAACAGGAUAUAAGACCAGCGCUUAAGGACAUUGUUUGGACCUGGCAAGGAGAAAAACCACAGCAAGAGCAAGAGCAAGAGCAACAUGAAGUAGUCCAGGAAGAGCACCAACCUUCUCAUACUGCUUAGUUUCAUGAUCAAUAUUUCACCCCUUGGUUUUUGUAUGCACUGUGCUUCUUUUGUCAUUAUCUUAGUCAAGUGCUUAAUUUUAAUAGGACUCAUAGAAUAAUGUGGCUGGUUCAGCCUCCUCUUGUCUGAUGGAUACUUGAACAAUUGUGUACCUAAAUUGCAAAUUUCACCAAUUUGGGUGUUUUAUUCCAUCCUUCAUGGUCAUUCUUUA